GUCAAAGAUGGCGGACUAAGCGACGUGGCUUUCUGUAGAAGUUUCACAUUUACGAUCUUAUAGAUUCAAAAAGAGCUUCCAAUACCUCAACUAUUCACCUUUUCUUAAGCCCACCACACGGACUUUGAGUGUGGAGCGACGGCGUGUUAGCUGAAGUGAAGAUUGAAGACGUGAUAGAAGAUGGACGACUACUGCUAUGCUAAGAUGGCGACGUCAUGUCAAAGAGAAAGUGAAAGAGAAUCAGCGCCACCAACGGAGAACAAUCUGAAAAGCGAAGAUGAAGACGUCCAGCAGCUGAUGGGUAAUCCAGAAGAAGUUUCCCCUCAGUCAGGGGGGAGCUCCACUUUGAAGCAGGAGACUCCACAACCACCCUGCAUUAAAAAGGAAGAGGAGGAACUCUGCAUCACUCAGGAGGCAGAGUGUCUUCUAGGACGAGAGGAAGCUGAUUACACCAAGUUUCCACUGACUGUUGUCUCUGUGAAGACUGAAGAUGAUGAAGAGAAACCACACGUAGACAACCUCUUAGCUCCACUAUCAGAUAGUGAGGCUGAAGACGAGGUUGAAGAACCUUUGAGCAGCGAUACAGACUGUGAAGGUGAUAUGAGGACUCACACUGACAACAAACACUUUGAAUGCUCUACAAAGAAGAGAGGUAAAACAUGUUUGAACUGCUCAGUUUGUGCUGAAAGUUUUGCUAACAAGAGCAAUUUAAAUCGACACAUGAGAACACACACAGGUGAAAAACCAUUCAGUUCUUCAGUUUGUGGCAAAAGCUAUUCUCAAAAUAGCAAUUUGACUAAACACAUGAGAACACACACAGGUGAAAAAACAUUUAAGUGUUCAGUUUGUGGCAAAAGAUUUUCUGUUAAGUGGUAUUUGACUGAACACAUGAGAACACACACUGGUGAAAAACCAUUUAGUUGUUCAGUUUGUGGCAAACCAUUUUCUCAAAAUAGCAAUUUGACUGAACACAUGAGAACACACACUGGUGAAAAACCAUUUAGUUGUUCAAUUUGUGGCAAAAGCUUUUCUCAAAAUAGCAAUUUGACUAAACACAUGAGUACACACACAGGUGAAAAAACAUUUAAAUGUUCAGUUUGUGGCGUAAGCUUUUCUCAAAACAGCAAUUUGACUAAACACAAGAGAACACACACAGGUGAAAAACCAUUUGAUUGUUCAGUUUGUGGCAAAAGCUUUUCUGUUAAGAACCGUUUGACUGAACACAUGAGAACACACACAGGUGAAAAACCAUUUAAGUGUUCAGUCUGUGGCAAACAUUUUUCUCAAAAUAGCAUUUUGAUUCAACACAUGAGAACACACACAGGUGAUAAACCAUUCAAUUGUACAGUUUGUGCCAAAGGAUUUUCUGUUAAGUGGUAUUUGACUGAACACAUGAGAACACACACUGGUGAAAAACCAUUCAGUUGUUCAGUUUGUGGCAAAAGCUUUUCUCAAAAUACCAAUUUGACUAAACACAUGAGAACACACACAGGUGAAAAAACAUUUAACUGUUCAGUUUGUGGCAAAACAUUUUCUACUAAGAGCAAUUUAACCAAACACAUGAGAAUACACAUAGGUGAAAAACCAUUUAACUGUUCGAUUUGUCGCGAAAACUUUUCUAUUAAGAACCGUUUGACUGAACACAUGAGAACACACACAGGUGAAAAACCAUUUAGUUGUUCAGUGUGCUGUAAAAGGUUCACACAUAAAGCAGCCGCAGUAAAACACACAAGAACACACAAGGGGAAAUAAGCACUUAGCUGUUUAGUUUGUGGUAUGUUGCUCAUAUGUGGCGACAUCCACCCUACCCAGGACCUCCUCACUGCUUCUUUCACAAAUAUCGGAGGUAUUCAUACAAACUUGGAUUAUUGGAGGCAUACUUUUAUCUAACUACCAACGUUUAUUUUUCAGACUGAUUGAUGUGCAAAUCAGAGACAUAUGAACAAUUAACCCACAACUCCCACAACCCAACCCCCACCUCCCUCGACAUUCGGGCAUAACAGGUUCAAUCCGGCCCGCGAAUUGAGUUUGCGAAGUGCAAAAUUCAGCUGCAUUUUUUAAUGAAAGAAACUGCUGUUCUAAAUGUGUCCACUGGAUGUCGCAAUAGCAAUUCUGUUAGGCAAGCAAAUAGCAUAGCAAGUAUACCAAGCAAGAGGUACACAGUAAAGCGGGGCUGUGACUCCUCCCCCUCCAGCCAACGUAAAAGAGGAGUAAAAUAAUCAAUCAGUAACCCCACUUCAAAUGCAGCAUGAGACACUGCACACUGAUAUAGUUCUGUGAAAAUGAUUGUCUUCUGUGCAAAUGUAAAGAAAGUGAACAGUGUGUGAUUUACUGCAAUACUGUCAGUCUUUCAACUUUUUAUUCGUGCUUUGUUGAAAUUGUUCACACAUUGCACUGCUUUUAUUUUUCUAUCAAUACACAUUAUGUCUAGAAGACAGGAAGUAACUCAACACCCUUGAAUAGUUUCUACCUCAGUGUGUAUGGUUUGUUGAGUUAGCACAGGAUUAAUAUGUGGAAAUGACAAAUGAGGUAGUUGAUACAUAGAAUAGUUUCUAUUCAUUUUUGUUGUGGUUUUCUCCAUGGGUUUUGACUUAAAGUUUAGUACCUUUAAUUAAUUAAUUAAAGCACAAUUAAUUAGAUUAAUUGUGUUCUUCAAGGUGUCUGUAAAAAUGUACCUUUUUUUCUUCCUGUAAAUGUUUAACUAACGAAGUGUUUUGUCAAGAGGAUUAUUUGUGAUAUGUACAUUUUCAGAAUGUGCUCGUUCUAUUUCGGGCCGAAAUAAAAUAAAGAAAACAAUCUGAAGUGAGCUAAAAUGAGUUUGACAGCCCUGCUGUAAUCUGACUCAUGUGAGCAGGUUACUGUAUAAACACAUUUUGUUAUAAGUUAUAAAAAUGUGUUCAGUUCUCAGAGACACAUCAAUGUCAGGCUGACAAUCGCUCUUCCGCAGCUCCUACUGACUUGUUCUGAUGACUCUGCAAUAGUGGGGUGUAUUGACGAUGGUGAUGAUGAGGAAUACAGGACACUGGUGGAGGACUUUGUCACAUGGUGUGGAAAGAACCACUUCCAGCUCAAUGUGACGAAGACCAAGGAGCUGGUUGUGGACCUGGGAAGGAGGAGGAGUACUCUGGCGACCCCUGUUUCCAUCAGGAGGGUCGAUGUGGACAUGGUUGAGGAUAAUAAAUACCUCGGAGUACACAUGGACAACAAGUUGAAUGGGUCGGAACACGCUGAGGCCCUCUAGAAGAAGGGACAGAGCCGCCUCUACUUCCUCAGGAGGCUAGGAUCCUUCAACGUCUGUACAAAGAUGUUGAAGAUGUUCUACGAAACGGUGGUGGCGAGCGCUUUCUUGAAUGCCGUGGGUGAGGGAUGCAAACAGACUGGACAAGUUGGUAGAGAAGGCCAGUAACGUGGUGGGAGUGGAGCUAGACUCUCGGGCGGUGGUGUCACAGAGGAGAAGUCCAGCAAAACUCCUAGCCAUUAUGGACAACACCUCCCACCUACUACACUCGGACUUUGCAGAGAGAAUGAGCACGUUCAGUGGAAGGCUCAGACUCCCAAAAUGUAACACGGAAUGACACAGGAGGUCCUUCAUACCGACAGCCAUCAGACUGUAUAAUGCAUAUGUUCCUUGACUGCACUUAAAUGUAGAAUAUAUUUAUAUUAUUCAUAUAUUAUAUAUUUAAUAAAUGUCAUAUAUUAUUUAUUAUUAUUAUUGGCUAUUGUGAGCGAACUGUGGUGCUGAAUUUCCCCCAGGGAACAAUACGGUACUUUCUAUUCUAUUCUAUUCUAGGGCUUUUUUUUCUUUAUUCAGAGAAAUGAUUUGACCUUCUAAAGGUUUUUAAAGGGGAACAUUAUCACAAUUUCAAAAGGGUUAAAAACAAUAAAAAUCAGUUCCCAGUG